CUAUGUAAUGAAAACAAAAAACUUCAUUCAAAUCGAGAAGAAUGGAGAUUUCCUUGCAGCUGAGUAAUAGUACAAGGAUGAAGAAACCAAGUGUUAUUCCGAGGUUUCUCAGCCGGAGAGAUGGUCGUCAGGUGAAGAUCAUAUUGGCUUGUCGUCAUACUAAGAUUAAUGCCAUGAAAGACAACUUUUACGAGGUUCUUUCGUUGCGGUCCGAGAAUGCUGGGGUUGAGGAGAUAAAGAGAGCUUACAGAUGCAUGGCUCUUCAGUGGCACCCGGACGUCUGCCACCACUCCGACAAGGAGGAAUCUACGCGGCGAUUCGUCCAACUAAGAGAGGCGUACGAGACUCUAUCGGAUCCGGUUUCGCGUGAAAUUUAUGAUCAUGAAUUAGGGCUGAUCACCUCUUUCGACGGUGAUGAGUUUGCAGUGAGGCGGUCGCGGCCGCCGCCGUGCAUGGAGAACAGGCGGAGAUCUGUUUUUGCUAGGGAGGUGUGGGAAAGACAGCUUAGUGGAUUGAAAGCAAGAUCUCGCCGGAGAAUGGAGAAUAGGAACAGCUACUAGAUCAAGAUUUCACUAACCCAUUUUCUUUCAAUUAUUUCAUUCUUUCUCUAUUAUUCAUUAGAAGGUGCACUAUGUAUUUGUUAGCGCUUUUUCAUUCAAUUAUUUCAUUCUUUCUCUAUUAUAUAUUAUAUUCAUUGGAAGGUAUGCUCC